AUGUCCCACUCGACUCAAGGCCAGAAGAUGAGCGAUUCUCACGAGCUUGGCUCGUCUAGUAUUACUCAGCAGACAGUAUACCACCAACCGGUUACCGCAGAACCUACGGUCAACUCAGAUCCAGAGGCUCAGGUCCAGGAUGAUAGCAUGACCGGGGUCGUCAGACAUGACAACGACAUGAGAGACAUCACACAGAUUGAGUCCAUGCCAACAACUGAAGAGCUAUAUUCAAGUAAGCUAGAGUACCUGCCGACGACAGACCCAAGGACGUGGCACAAGCGGGGCCUCGAGGGUUUGGUCGACCGUCAGUUUCGCCUCUUCCGCGAAGACAACGUCGGCAUCCUGAGGGAUUCAAUCAGGAGCUAUCUCAACAUCCCCUUCACCUGGAAGCGCCAUUCUUCUGCCGAGUUCAAUGUGUACCACAAUGUAUUGCUUGACUCGGAACUUUCCUUCGACCUACACGGAGGCCUCGUCUUCUCAAUGCGACUCCCUCAACCACAAGAGGCCCACGCAUUGACUCCGAGUGAACGGUACGAGUGGUGGGUCAAGAAACAAGGCUUCCAACACGAUACCCUCGUUUGCCUGUGGAGCAAGGACAUGGAUCUGAUGUUCGCUUCCGUCGGUCACUACAAAGACCACAACCUGCUGAAGAACGACUACGGAUCCGACAAAGCAAAGAUCUUCUUUCGGCCGUUCGAACAGUCAGCUCGAUUCACCAGCUGGCUCUUGAGAAACGCCAACCAGAGAGUGGAGAGGAACUACACGUUGUUGGAGUUUCCCAACCUCUUGACGUGGAGUUUUGCCCCUCCUCUUCGAGCCCUGAAACAGAUGAGCACCAUGUCGGACACGCCCUUGUCCACUGCCUUGGAGCCAUCCGAGCUGCCUAAACCGAUCUGGAUCCACCCUGCACAUUAUGCAAUGGGUGAUGGCUUCAACUUCCAACUGGGCAAGACUGUGGCAGGUGAUGGUCAGGGUGAGCUGGCCGUGUCCGACUUGUUCGAAAGCACCGCAAUUCCAGCUGGCUCAAGCCUUGAUGAUGGCCAAGCACGUGCCUUCCUUCACGCGCUGAGGCACCGCAUCGCACUCAUCCAAGGCCCGCCUGGUACUGGCAAAAGCUACACAGCUGUCGCAGUCAUCGAAACCCUACUCCGGAGUCUUGACGGCGAUAUAUCUGGGCCAAUCAUGUGCGUCAGUCACAGCAAUCGAGCUCUUGACGGUCUCCUUGAGAAGCUCCUGAAUGCUGGUGUUGGCAACAUGAUUCGUGUUGGUGGCCAGUCGAAGUCCGACGCUCUUGAAAACAUUAACUUGGAUGUUCUGGUGCGGAACCAAGCGCAGCUUCCAGAGGACAAGCAAGCCAUCACCAAAGCUGCAGGAAAAUUCUUCCGGAACAGCAAAGGUAUCCGCUCGGAUCUGGCCAAGCUCGCUCGGGUGGACCAAGAUGGUGAGAGGGAGCAAAUAUGCAGCGGGAUCAAGAAGAAGUUCUCGAAAUGGACGGAGGCGCAGCAGGAAUACAGUGCGGCUAUGGAGCGCCAUCCUCUUGGCAUUCUACAAAAAGCAAACAUCAUUGGCGUCACAGCAGGCGGAAUGGCUGUCAGGCGCGAGCUUUUUGAGAAGCUCGAUUGCAAGGUCAUCGUCUUCGAAGAAGCUGGCACCAUUCCCGAGGCCCUUGUUCUGACGUCGAUAACGCCGAGCAUGGAACACUGCAUCCUUAUUGGCGAUCACUUCCAGCUUCGUCCUAAGGUCAAUCGCAAGGAGCUGGAAAGCAAUACCAACCCGGAUGCUGCCAAAUUCGGGUUCGAUGUGUCGCUCUUGGAACGCCUCGUUCACUUCGGUUUCCCUUUCGAAGUAUUGAACACACAGUACCGCAUGCGUCCUGAGAUCUCUCGGCUUAGUAGAAGUACUCUCUAUCCGAUGCUGAAAGAUGCCGCUGCAGUCCAGCACCUUUCCGCGGUUCCUUCGCUGUCCGAGAGGAUGUUUUGGUUCGACCACCAACAUCAUGAGUUGAAAUUGGAUAAGACAGCUAGAGUCAAUGCGUUCGAGGCUAGGAUGAUUGCGGGCUUGACCAGGCACCUCACAUCACAAGAUGGUGUUCAUGGAGACACCAUCUUAAUCCUUACGCCGUACGCUGCGCAAGCCAAGGCUCUCCAGGAGAAGAUUGAGGGAUUUCACCCCGUCGAGGUCGUUUUCGGGAAGGACGGCAGAGACCAGCAGCCGAACGAUGCUGCAUCGGGACGAAUUCGCAUUGCCACUGUGGACAGCAUUCAAGGGGACGAAUCCGACAUCGUCCUGCUUUCCAUGGUUCGAAGCAACGACUGGGAGGGUACCGGUUUUAUCAAGUCUGCCAACCGUUCCAUCGUUGCGCUGAGUCGAGCCAGGCGUGCCAUGUUCAUCUUCGGAAACAUGAAGAUGCUUCAACAGGUGCCCUUCUGGGCCCAAAUCAUCUCCAGUCUUGACGAGACCAGCAGCAUUGGUACUGCUCUGGCAAUCGACUGCCCUCGACACCCUGGGAACACGAUCCACAUCAAGGAACCGGCAGACUUCGGCAAGCAUUCUCCUAAUGGAGGAUGCGUCGUUUCUUGCGGCAGGCUUCUUGCCUGCAACCACCGUUGCCCUGAGUUGUGCCACAGUGAUCUGCUGCAUGACAGGACAAUCUGCAUUCAGCCAUGCAGAAGCAUACUGGACUGCGGGCAUCCCUGUGCUAACAUUUGCGGGUCUGCCUGCACAACGUACUGCGAGGUGCGGAUCCAAAAUCCGAGAGUGAUCCUUCCGACCCGGUCCUCCUUCAGGAAUCGUGCUCGGCAUCCGUCGAGGUUCAACUUGACUGCGGCCAUAAAACCCAACGCCUUUGUUCUGAAGGCGACGUCACAUUCUGUCGAAGCACUUGCGGAAAACUUCUUCCAUGCGGCCAUAGUUGCAUCGUACAAUGCCACAAGGGCCAUCGUUGCCCGCCGUGCCAAUCACCCUGUUGGGACGAAACAGUUUGUCAUGAACACUCGCUCCCAGUACAUCAAGCUGGCACACGAAGCAGUUCAAGAAAUCCGCAGGCUGCAAGCAUCCCUCCCCACAGCUUCCGCCAACCUAAACAAACGCUUCUCCAAGAGCGCCACCAUCACCAGCGACGCCGCAGGCAAGCGGACCCACAUAUCCAAAAUCCACCGCCUAGCCGGCCGCGACGGAAGAUACAAGCACGUCGUCCGAAUCCUCCACGACAUCAGCGCCACCUUCCAACUCGCCAAAGCCGUCGAAGCCGCCAUCCAGUCCGCCUGGGACCACCACCACCACCACUCGUGCCAGCCGCUCAUGAAUCCUCCCACCACCACCCCCACCCCCCAACUCCAAGAACGCCUCCUCCUCCUCCUCCUCUCCGCCCGCCUCGAAAUCGCCGCCCUCUCCGACUUCCUCACCAUCCGCUCCCACGCCGGCGCCUGCGACCCCCUCACCCUCGACUUCCGCUUCUGCCGCGCCCGCUGCGCGCACGUCUUCCACGCCACACACGCCCGCUCCCUGCCCGGCCUCUCCGUCGAGGCCGACAUCCUCUGGGCGCAGUGGCUCGUGCUCGAGCGGAGGGCACCACCCGCACCCGCACCCAUUCCCGACGUCGAUGCCGACGAGGCGCGGUACCGCUUGCGGCGCGCGGAGGGGGCGCUCGAUCCGGAGGCGGUGGGCGCGUUCAUGGACGGGGCGCAUUGCGUGGGGUUGUUGGGGGAGGUGUGGAGUGCGGAGGGGCCGCUGGCGAGGGAAGAGCGUCGGUGGAGCGCGGAUACGGGUGUCCGGUUGGAUGGGUUCGUGGCGGGGGUGGAGGCGAUGGGGAAGGAGGUGGAGGGUGCGGUGGCGUGGGAGAUGUGUGAGGCUGGGCACUAUUUCCCCGUGGCGGCGGCAGGUGGUGGAGUCUGUUCGGGGUGUGGGAGGCGGGCUUGGGAUAUGUCGGCCAUUGGAGGUGCUGGUGAGGAGGAUGCGCUGAUGGGGGAGCGCUCUGGUCAGGGUGCGGAGGAUGAGAUGGAAGGGGUUGAGUCUCUGAGCCAUUGA